GCUUUCACCUACACCAUGGCCUCCGUCUUGGAGCUCGCCUGUAUCUACUCGGCCCUUAUCCUGUACAACGAUGAGGUCAUGGUGACGGAGGAUAAGAUCAAUGCCCUUAUUAAAGCAGCUGGUGUAAAUGUUGAACCUUUCUGGCCAGGCCUGUUUGCAAAGGCUCUGGCCAAUGUUAACAUUGGAAGCCUCAUCUGCAAUGUAGGGACUGGUGGACCUGCCCCAGCAGCUAGUGCGGCACCCUCAGGAGGUCCUGCCCCCUCAACUGCUGCUGCUCCAGCCAAGGAAAAGAAAGUGUAAGCAA